AUGGUUCUGCCCUUGCUGCACCCGCAGGCCUUCUGCGAGGAGAGCUCGCUGGACCCGGACAGGCUCGGCCUCGGAGACAAGGACUACCUGGCCCCCCAGCUCGCGUCGCUGGACCGGCUGCACCGGCAGUACUCCUCCCUUGCGCAGCCGGUGCCAACGCCAGCGCGCGCCCAGGAGAUGCGGGAGCGCUUGAGUGAGGCUGGCAGAAGAGUAAUGCAUGAUCUCUUCCCAGUCAAGAAGAAGCGGCGAUCCUUGUUGGCCGAGCGGAUGCGCCUGCGAGUGGACGCGGUAGAUUCAGGUACGAACGAGAGGCUGGAGGAAGUCAAAGAGGAGCCAGCGAAUAGCCAGAAUGUGCAUCGGAGGCGUAGGAACGACCUAGCGUGCGAGAACAACGACCCCGGCGAGAUGCGUAGACUACGUAUCGAGUGCCAGCGGAAUGGGGGAGGGCCAAAGAAGAGGUAUUAUUUUCCGGCGCGCUUGGUGGCGCAUGAAGGAGUGGCUCGCGAUGUGGGCUUGGCUGCGGCGCCGCUGGACUUACUGGACUUAGAGGGGCAUGAUAAGGAGCGCGAUGAGAUGGCCGCCGAGAAGAUGCCGCUCCCACUGGGUGGAGAUUUGAGGGCGCAGGUUGAAAGGGGCAAGCGGGGCAAGCUGAAGCACUGCGAGAAAGCUGGCAGAAGGAGGGCUGUUCCCCCCAUGGGGCGUCCCAGUGGAACUCACUUGGGUGAUUUGGAUCCAGCGGUCAACGUGGAGGGCCCAGAGCUGCUGGGCAGCAAGCUGGACGGGGAUGCGCAAUGGAGAGCGAGGCAGGGAGGGAUCAGCACCAUUGCCAGUACCGACGACUGCGCCAACGCCUUCGCGAGCACGAAGCGACGCCUCCUGCUGGCCUCAGCCUUUGCUGCGGCGCGCAGAUGGGAUUUCAUUCGGUGCCCGCGGCAGUUUAUGACACUUGCGAUAUCUACGUGGGACAAUGGCGCCAAGCGCCUUGAGCGCAAGUUGGCCAUUGGGCGGUGGGGCCUCAACCCAGUCGAGACCGACCGCCCGACGGAGUUCCGCGCCAGCUCCAACGGGAAGGGCGGCUCGCAGGCGCGCCGAUGA